CGUCCAUAUGGACUAGCAGUAGACAAGAAAGGAACACUGUAUGUCAGUGACUUUGGAAACAAUCCGUAUUCAGUCUUCAAGUAACACCCUUCAAGUAUAUGAACACGUGCAAAUUGUUUAUUCAUCUGCUGUAAUACUUGUUUUUAUCAGAUCUUAAAAAGAAUUGCAGCGAAUCUCAGCGUGCUAUAUUUCAACAGUUUUUUUGCAUUAAUUUCCAUUCUCACCUUUAUGCCUAUGCCAACGUCUGGCCUCCACCCACAAGACAGCGGGAGCCUCCUGUCAGGGUGCAACGACAAGACGCUGCGAGUGUUUGACCUGAGUCGGCCGGUCUCCGACCCCCAGCUGCUGGCCGGCAGCUCGUCUGCCGUCAAGUCUGCCGUCUGGACCAGGGAGCCGGCCAUGCUGUCUUCCUGCUGCGAGGACAAGGAUAUCACCGGGAGCCUCCUGUCAGUUUGCAACGACAAGAUGCUGCGAGUUUUUGACCUGAGUCGGCCGGACUCCGACCCCCAGCUGCUGGCCGGCAGUUCGUCUGCCGUCAAGUCUGCCGUCUGGACCAGGGAGCCGGCCAUACUGUCUUCCUGCUGCGAGGACAAAGAUAUCACGCUGUGGGACACUCGUACAGGGGGUGUGGCUAAGACGCUGGUCCUGGAAUCCCCGGCAACCAGUAUCGAACUGUCUCAUGAUAGACAGUUCCUCACUGUCGCCCACGGUUCAAAGGUCACCAUCAUCAAUGCCGCAAGUUUUGAGAAGGUCAAGACAGUCUCGGUGCCGCUGUGCUUCUCGGCGACACUCCACCCAUCUGGCAAGUGGCUGGUGACGGGGGGAGACGAUUUCAAACUCUACAAGUUUGACUACGAGGAGGAAAAGGAAGUUGAAUCAUACAAGGGUCACUUUGGACCAGUUCACUGUGUCCGCUACAGUCCAGACGGAGAGGUCUACUGUUCGGGGUCAGAGGACGGAACAAUUCGUCUCUGGCAACACUCCGUCGGGAAGAGCUACGGACUGUGGCGCAGCGCCGACGAGGUCGUCGCAUCUCGCAAUAACCAUAGCAACAGCAGCAGCAAUAACAACAGCCCUGGUGUUUCCUAGGGAACAGUACUGUAUAUUAUACAAACAACGACAUCAUCACUCGCAAUUUUGUACAUAUAUACGAUAGUUUAGAAGCAGUCAACCAAUCAAUCAAUCAAUAUUUUCAUAAGUAAGGUAACAGCAUUAGUUGUGAAAAGCCAUUAAAAUUUUUUUCUUUUUGUUCUGCACAAGAACUCGCACUAUACCAACUGUUGAAGUCUCUAACAAUGGAAUUGCUUAUGUUAAAUCUAUACUAAUUGUCUGUGGUGUCGAACGUGUUCAGAGUUUCAGGUUCCCAUUCUCCAGUUCCAGUACCAGUUCUGGAGUUAGUCUCACGUAGCGACCCUGGGACGGAUGAAGGAGAAACAGUGGGUCAGCCACGCGUCCCAGAUCGUACCCCUCCUCUCUCGCCCGCGUCUUCUUCAGAAUG